AAGCGGCGCCAAGGCAGCGCCACUUCCUCUUUAGCUGUGACCGAGGGUUCGGGCUGAUCUGCUCGCUGACUCCUGACUCACCGCUGUUCGCUCACUUUCAGAGUUCCCACCGGGGAGGAGAAAAGUCGACGGAUAAGUCGGUCAGGAAGUCACCAUGGCAUUUAAAGACGCUAGCAAAGCACCUGUAGAACAGGAGGUUGCAAUCCAUCGCAUUAGAAUUACUUUGACCAGCCGAAAUGUAAAAUCACUUGAGAAAGUUUGUGCAGAUCUAAUUCGUGGUGCCAAAGAGAAGAACCUAAAAGUCAAGGGACCUGUUCGUAUGCCCACCAAGACACUGCGUAUCACAACAAGAAAGACCCCUUGUGGUGAGGGUUCCAAAACCUGGGAUCGUUUCCAAAUGAGGAUCCAUAAGCGCCUAAUUGACUUGCACAGCCCUUCAGAAAUUGUGAAACAGAUCACCUCCAUCAGCAUCGAACCUGGUGUUGAAGUAGAGGUUACUAUUGCUGAUGCUUAAAUCUUAUGGAAAUGAAAUAAAAAUUAAAAUUCCACAGUGA